AGAAAAAUAAUUUCGGAUUUUCGUAAUAAAAUUAAUAAUGAGCGUUUACAACAUGUGGGAUAAAGAUAUUAAAGAACCUAGAUUAAAAUCUACAUUAUCACCUGAAUGGAUAUUUCAAUCACCAAUUGCAACACCCCGUUCUUCUUCACCUGCAAGUAGAGUGGGAGAAGCAAUAUUUAAUAAAUACAAUGAAUUAAUACAUUCUAAAUCAAAUAUCACAAAUGACGCUAAACAGGCGGAACCCAUAGAAAGGCCAUUUGAUUUUGACGACGAAGAAUUUGCUUUUGGUAUAAAUCUUCUGAACAAGAAUGUAGCAUGUGUUGGAGAUAAUAUUACAAAGUUAAUACAAAUGGCACAAGAGCCAUGGCCGGACAAUGUCAAGCUAUUCCAGCCAUAUGAAGUGGAACAAAUACUUCUACCGGACAAUGCUAGCUGUUUAGCCGUACAAGCUUUUUUAAAGAUGUGCAACCUACCAUUCGAAGUAGAAAUGCGUUGGAAUGCUGAAUUCAUGUCGCCCUCUGGCCGAGUGCCGUUUAUCAAGUGCGGUGCGUUUGUGGUCUCCGAGUUGGAACCGAUUGUACAGUUUGCUGCGAACAAAGGGGUCUCGUUGUGCAGUAAACUGAGUACGGAGGAGCGGGCCGAGAUGAGGGCGUAUAUGAGCUUGAUCACUAAUGUGCUGGUUAAUGCUGAGCUCUAUAUAUCGUGGAUAGACCAAGACACAUACAACACGGUGACACGUAUACGCAACUCGUCCGUGUACCCGUGGCCGCUCGGUUGGAUACAAACGAGGUCCAAACGAAACAGUGUAGUGAAGAGAUUGAGAGCGUUGCAUUGGUAUGAUAAGACGUUGGAGCAGGUUUUGGCUGAUGUGGAACAAUGCUGCAAUUCGCUUAGUCAAAGGUUGGGUGACAAGGAUUACUUCUUUGGAACACCGACUCCAUUAGAUGCUCUAGUAUAUGGACAUAUACGAGCCUUACUAUCAGCUAACGGUCCAAAAGCUACACUUAUGAUAAAAUCCAUCACAAGUUGUCUAUUGCGUCACGUCAGACGGAUGACCAAUUUGACUAUGAUGAAAUUGACGCCGCAAGAAGAAUAUCUAGUCACACAGGGUUGCCAGCUAUCCUCAAGAAGGGUUUCCCCCGAACGAGCCGUAUCUCGUACUAAACGGUCAAAAAUGUGCAUACGCAGUAUAAGCAAGGAUAGCGUUGUGUACAAUAAGGACGUUUUUGGUUUUAAACCGUUCGCCUCUAAACAAGUGAUCAUAAUGACGUCUAAAGAAGGGAACAUUAUAUGCGAAUAUGACGGUCAAAAUAAUUAUAACGAGCUAAAAGACUCGCACAGUUUCAUAACGGAUAUUCUAUACGAAGUCAUAGAUAAUGUAGACGAGAUUGUCUAUGAGAAGGACAUAAGCAACUUCGAGUUCAUUCCUUGUCCGACCAUAGAUAAGAGUUACAUACGUGUCAACGAGUUUCUAGAUACCAUAGAUGAGAAUAGUGUGUCUGUGGCCACUACUGAAGAUGUGAUACAGAUUAUAGAAGAUGAUAGCAAUGGUUUGGUCACAGAUAAACAUUUGGCGUCGGAAGUAAUGAAUGUUGGUGAUAAUAAUGUAUCUAGUUGGCCAACGGUUACAAUAGAUAAUGAAAGCGGAAGUAAAACUAAGAGCAAUUCAAGUAUUGAAAAUAAAACGUCUGUGAAGUCAAGUGUGUCUCGAUUGGAAUUUUCUAGAGGGUCUGAUUCUACAUUAAAAAUGGACGCUAACGAUGAAAUGAGUGUUGCCAGCUUCUUGAAGUCGCUAAAACAAGACAAUGCUGGUUUCUUUAGUCCACUCCUUGUUGCUGAUAUUGAUUAGUUUAUUUUUAUUUGUGCCUGUUAUUUAUAGCUAGCGCGCAAGAGCAACUUUUGUCUCGGCAACUAUUUUGUGUCUCCC